CCUGGGCAGUAUCUAUGGAGCCGUUGACAACCGUUCUCCCUCUUCUUCAUUGGCUUAGCACGUCGAAAACACGUAAAGCUGACAACAAACUUCUAGAGACUUGUAAAUCUUUGUAAAUCGGUGCUUUUUCCUCGGCGUUAUCUGGAAGCGUUUACAUAUUUAUUUUGUGCAGAUCAAGCUAGCCAGGCUAACUUUAUUAACGGCAGGCCGGGAGCUUAUAUUACGACAGCGUUAGCUAGUUAGCUCGCUUAUCCACAACACGAAGAGCUUUUCUAAAUCGACCUUUCUAGACUGCCGCCAUGAGCGAACAACUGAAGUUCAUCGUCGAACAACUGAACAAGGAGCCCUUCAGGAAGAACUUCAACCUCAUCACGUUUGAUUCCCAGGAGCCCAUGCAGCUCCUGCAGAUCCUGAACGACGUUCUGGCUGAAAUAGACCCAAAGCAAGCCGUAGAUAUCCGAGAAGAAAUGCCGGAGCAGACCGUGAAGAGGAUGUCCUCCAUGCUGGGGAUGCUGAAGUACAAGCCUCCUGCCACCCUCUCUGAUGUGAGCAGCUUCAGACUGGGUCUGGUGACUGGCAGCAAACCCGUGGUUCACCCCAUCCUCCACUGGUUGCUGCAGAGGCUCCCCGAGCUGAAGAAGAGGGCUUACCUGGCCCGUUUCCUGGUGAAGCUGGAGGUACCUGCGGAGUUCUUGCAGGACGAUGUCAUCAGCGACACCUACCAUCAGUAUGAAGAGCUGGUGGAGGGCUUUAAGACGUACCAUAAGGAGUGUGAGCAUCUGAGGAGCUCAGGCUUCUCCACGGCGGAGAUCAGAAGGGACAUUAACGCCAUGGAAGAAGAAAAAGAACAACUCAUUAAACGCGUGGAGAGGCUGACGAAGAGGGUGGAGUCAGUGUCCAACCACCAGCGAAUGCUGGAGCAGGCCAGGCAGCUGCGAGUGGAGAAGGAGAGAGAGGAGUCGCUGAUGCAUCAGAAGCAGGAACAGAAGAACCAGCUGUUUCAGGCAGAGCAGAGACUUCUGAGGUUGCAGCAGCAGUUGAAGGAUUUGCGACAAGCCGCAGCAGAUGCCACCCCGGAGAGCUUGAUGAAGCGACUAGAAGAAGAAAUAAAGAUCAACUCCUACAUGGUGACUGAGAAACUCCCCAAAGAGCUGGAGGGCAUGAGGCGGACGGUGCAGUACAUGCAGAAAGUAGCAUCAGAGCCUGCGAUGGGCCAGGCCGAUCUCCAGGAGGUGGAGAACAAGAUUAAAGAGGUCGACUCUCAGAUAAACCAGCUUAUUGAGAAGAGGAUGAUGCGAAAUGACCCCAUGGACGACAAACUGACCCUUUAUAGGCAACAGGCCUCUAUUAUCAUUCGGAAGAAGGAGUCUAAGGCGGAGGAGCUUCAGGAAGCGAGGGAGGAACUGGCCGCCGCAGAGAAGGAGCUGAAGCAGAGGGGCAGCCAGGGGCAAGGCUCACAAGGGGAAAAAGUCAUCCGCGGGGACGAGCUGAAACGCUUGGUGGCGAAGCUGCGCAGCAAAGGAACUGCCUACAAGAAGAAGAAGCAGGAAAUUGCAGAGCUGAGGGCAGAGUACGGAGUCCUCCAGCGGACCGAGGAGAUCCUGAAGCGGAGACACGACACCGUCCAGCAGAAACUGCAAACGGUGGAAGCUGAGAAGGGCAUCUCUGGGUACAGCGACACUCAGGAGGAGCUGGAGAGGGUGUCUGCCAUCAAGAGCGAGCUCGACGAGAAGAAGGGUCGCACUCUGGAUGACAUGUCUGAAAUGGUGAAGAAGUUGAACUCCAUGAUUGCGGAGAAAAAAUCCGCGCUUGCUCCACUUAUUAAAGAGCUGAGGUCCCUGAGACAGCGGCGAGGGGAGCUGAACCAAGAGUACGAGGAGAAGAAGGCCCAGUACGAAAGCUGCGCUGCUGGUUUGGAGAGCAACAGAUCCAAACUGGAACAAGAGGUGAAAGCGCUGAGGGAGGAAAUGGCCCAGAAGGAGAACCGAUACCAUUACAUCAACGCCAUGUCAGAGAUCAUCGAGAUGCAAAUUCAGCGGGCAGCUGAAGAGAUGAAGGCCUACGUGUCCUCUGAUCCGCUAGAGAAGAAGAAGGCCAUCAGGGAAGUGUACAUGAAGAACAUCGCAGAACAGGAAUUACUUGGCAAGAAGUUACGCGAGGAGCAGAAGCUUGUGAGGGAGAGCCACAGCGCCAACAUGGAGCAGAUGAAGAUGUGGCGUGACCUGGAGCAGCUGAUGGAGUGCAAGAAGCAGUGUUUCAUAAGGGCACAGAGCCAGGUGUCCAUAGGUCAGAUCAUUCAGGAGGGAGGGGAGGACAGGCUGGUGCUCUGAAGACGCGGCGGCCUGCUGCCCCGACCUCUGACCUCUGGCGAUGAGCGCAGCUUAACGGACAGGCUGCGAGUCAAGGGGACAAUGCUUUUUACACUUUCUUUGAGGAUUGUCUUUCAGUCAACGUGUCCAAACACAUGGGCAAACAAAGUGCUGCACUUGGGAUGUGACAGCGGUCGGCUAUUUUUGGCGGCACAAAGGCACGAGCAUGUGCCGGGACUGGGAGUCCAUUUUGGGCGUCACUGGGACCACCGGCGCUGUGGACCGGGGAAACGAAAGAUUCCUGUGCUUCUUCUUGUUCCAUUCUGCAGUAAACGUCUCCUUGUAGGCAACGUUUAGCAUCGCUCACUAUGUUGUCAGUUUUCUGGUUGUCUUCUAUGUUCACUUUAAUUGCAUUAAAGUUCUGAUAAAGACGGA